AUGUCCGGUAAGCACACCCACCUACCCAAUCAGGCUCUGGACCGCGAGCUCCCGCCCGAUAUUGCGGAUAAGUACUCCGCCAUCAUCGAUAGCAUCCUCGAGGGCGCCGACCUGAACACCAUCUCCGCCAAGCGUAUACGGAAGGGUCUGCAAGAGCGUCUGGGCCAUGACAUUUCUGGAGAGAAGCAAGCCGUGACCGGCCUCAUCAUGGCGCGCUUCGACAAGUUCAAUGCCGAGCAAAAUGGACCCCCCGAGCCCGAGGAGCCCGUUCCCAGUGUCGAAGCGCCCACGAAUGGUCAUGCAGGCAAGCGCACCCCCGACGACGAUUCGGCGCUCUCGGAGCUUGACGAAUCUCCGCCGAAGAAGAAGCAGAAGAAGCACAGAAGCACCGAGGAGGACGAUGCUGCAUAUGCCGCCAGACUGCAGGCGGAGGAGAACAUGGCGUCUCGGGCGAGGUCGACAAGGGGUGGUAAUACUAAGAAGAAGGCGCCCGUGCAGAAAAGAAAGAAGGAGAAGAAGAAGAGCGCGAACAAGGUCAAAGAUGAAGACGAUAGUGACAUUGCGUCUGGAAGUGGAGGGGAGAAGAAGUCACCCAAGCGGACUGGAGGAUUCCACAAGCCUAUGAAUCUUUCAACGGCCCUGCAGGAGCUUCUCGGUGAAACCCAGCUCUCAAGACCACAAACCGUGAAGAAGAUCUGGGAGUACGUUAAAGCGCGCGACCUUCAGGACCCCGCCGACAAGCGCCAGAUCCGCUGCGACGAUGCCAUGCGCGCCGUCUUCAAGCAGGACAGCGUCCAUAUGUUCACCAUGAACAAGAUACUCAACACAAACCUGUAUCCCGUGGAAGAGGACUAA